GCGAAGGUCGACGAAACUUGCACCAACUGAACAUGGCAGUUAUCAAAGUUAAGUUUAGUACAUAUAACUAGAUGCGCAACCUCAUGAUGUGUACUGUUGCAGGGGACAAGAACUACCUCUUGCUAGUUCGGUUUUCCGCCCACAAACGGCAAGCAAGAGAUGCAUUCGCUCGACCCGAUAAAACACACGAUAAACGAAACAGAAAGACGACAUAGUAGACUGCACACGGUAGCGAACCUACGCCAUCCUUGUGACACAAUGUUUGGAAAUGCUCUAGCUAACCUCAACAACAUUGCAGUGCUCUCGGUACCGCAAAGAAAUUUCCUUGGUGAGGGCGAGCACGGAUGUCAAUAGCGAGUAAGCCGGCCAAGGAUUGCCUGAUCAGGCAUCUGUAACAGUGUUUCGGCGAAAUACCAUUACAGAGAAUGUGCUCUGGUGGCAACAAAAUAGCCAUGUUUGGUUUCCAUUUCCAUAGCUUUCAUUGACUACUCAUUAUGUGAACGAGAGAAAAGCCAGAGAGAGAAAGCCAGCGAAGAAGAAAGUUAAAUCUCAAAUGCCUGCCCAGAGCGAGGCAGGCGGGCCGAAACGGCCCAUGAUCAAACUGAAUCCCCAAAUCACUCACGCUGUGCCCUAAUCUUCCCUCGAAUUCGAUCGCUCUGCGAAAAGGAAGAAUCGGCGCCAAUUCGCGGGACGGCGAGCGAUGACGGAGACGACCAAAUCGAGGGAGAGAGCGGGAAUCUCCAAGGCGUCGAGCAAGAAGAGCAAAGCCGACGCCCCCGCCCCCGCCCCCGCCGUCAAGAGCAAGCCGGAGAAGCCUAAGGCCGGCAAGAGCAACGGCGUCGCGCCCGAACCCGAGGUCCUCGUCGUCCCGUCCUCGAGCACCGAAUCGCAGGCGGGGGAGCCCGAGCCGAGGAGGAACCGGAGCCCGGAGAGGCGCGAGCGCGGCGCCGAUCAGGCGGGCAAGAAGAGGAGGCGGAAGCAUCGGGAGCCGGAGGAAGGCGGCGCGAGCAAAGAGGAGCGUAAAUCGAGCAAGAGCAAUGGCGUCGCGGCGCGCGAACCCGAGGUGCUGGUCGUUCCGUCCUCGAGCACCGAGUCGCAGGGAGGGGAGCGGGAGGCGAAGGGGGAUCGGAGCGCGAAGGUGCGCGAGCCGCGCGUCGCGGGCUCGGCGGCGGUCCGGAAGAAGCGGAGGCGUCGGGAGCGAGAGGAGGACGGCGACGGGAGCAGGGACGAUUCGAAGCUCUGUAGCUUCCCGAUGAACAGGAUCAGGACGAUCGCGAAGAGCGAAGAAUCCGACCUGCGCAUCAAUCACGAGGCUUACUUCGUCAUCAACAAAGCCACGGAAAAGUUUAUCGAACAGCUUUGCGAAGAUGCGUAUGGCUUAGCUGCAGCUCGCGAUCGUAAGAGAACUUUCAAGUAUGACCACCUGUCAUCACUUGUUUGCGAGUGGAAGAGAUACGACUUUCUUUCAGAUUUCGUUCCAGAGAAAAUGAAAGCUGCAGAUGCACUGGCAGAGAGGAAACCAGAAGAGACAUGAUAUGAUACUAAUCUUAGGUCAAGAAACUGUAACUUUUGUCAAUUGAGAGGCUUCGAUUUGUACGAGCAUCUUAUCCUGUUAUUUGGUUCUAUAAGAGAAUAGAGCCAGCAAAAUGGGAACCUACAUUUAGCUGCAGAUGAUGUCCAUAUGGGUGAAUUUUGUGGCAUUUUACAUUGGAGAAGGGAAAUGCUUAUACUUCUGGUAAUUUUUUCAGCAUGUAAUCUCAUGCAUCGCUUUCUGACCAAAAAAAAAAAUAAAAUCUCAUGCAUUGCUGACAUGGAUGGUGAGGUAGCUUCUUGUGGGGAGUUCAAUGUUUUGUAAUCAAUUUGUCAUGGACAAGUACUUCAUAGUUAAUCUGAUUCUCGGCCUAUGUUAGAUCUCUU